CUAUUCUAUCAUAGUCUUGACGCUUGAGGCAAAUCAAAAUAAUUUGUAGAGGGAGAGAAAACAAGUCUCGUAAGUUCUUGUCAGUAAAUCAGCGUAUGGUUGCAUUUGUUUAGUACUUGCACAGGACAGCAGUGGUCACUGAAAGACUCCAUAGUAUUUAGCCACUCUGGACACCCUUGGGGGAGUUUUUGGCCAUACCUCCUUUUGUUUGUUCUUCUGUGCCCAACUUGCUCAUGUUUCUUUCAUUUGGGGCUUCUUAUGCACACAUGCUCAGUCCCAGGAUCCCACUGGACAUAUCUGGUUUCAUCUAAAAACAGUACUCAUUGUUCCCUACAACGAUAUUCAUCACUCGGACAAAACAGUAUGUCUGUUGUAAUGCUGCAGGCCCUGGGAUUAUCUAGUGUCUAUCAGGUGCAUUUUAUUAAGACUCAGGAUGAGGCGGGCUAGUUGGGUCGGUCCCAGUGCAAUCACAAGAGAGGGGGGCGGGUUUCCCAGUUGCUCUCUGGCUGUUCUUGGGCCUGGACAGGGAGACAGGAGAGAAAGAAGGGCAGAGAGAGUGGACGAAGAAACGACUACUGUGAGAUCAUGGUGCUCUUGACCUCAAAAAUUAUGGAGAGGACAGCCGUCUUCGUGACGGUCGGGGGACUGGUCACUACUCUGGUCACCACCUUCAUCCCCCUGUGGAAGACCUUGAACUCUGACCUUAACGAGGUGGAGAACUGGUACUCAGGACUGUGGCACACCUGCAUCUUCACGGAGGAGGUGGGGAUACAGUGUAAAGCUUUUGAGUCCCUCAUGGCCCUGCCAGUGGACCUGCUGGUUUCCCGGGUCCUCAUGCUGGUGUCCGUGGGAACUGGGGCCCUAGCCGUGGUGGUGGCCUUCCCCGGCCUGGAGGGGGUGGAACUGGGCCCUGGGAUGUGGCAGAGGAUGAAGAGGGGCCUCCUAAUUGUCAGUGGGGUGCUGUCGUGGGUGUCGGGGCUCACCACCCUGGCCCCCGUUUCCCUGGUGGCCUACACGACAGUGGUGGAGUUCUGGGACGAGAACCUUCCGGAUGUGGUUCCACGCUGGGAGUUUGGUGAAGCUAUGUUCUCCGGCUGGUUCUCAGGUCUCUUCCUGGUCAUUGGAGGGUCUCUUUUCUUUGUGGCUGUGUGCAUGGCGGACCAUGAUAGGCAGCAGGCAGUGGCAAGCCUCCCAAACAUCCCCCAGGAGAAGCCAAGACAGCACUAUUUAAAGACAGAGGUUUUAUAGUUUUUUUCCCCCCACUUGAUGCAUGGUAGUAUCUUUAAAUGCCCUAUUUGAAUGAUAAUUGUGAGAGAAUCUAUAAUUGUUUUAAGUUUAAUUCAGAUUGCAACCGCUUGGGUCUAUUUUCAGAUAUGCA